UGGUGCUGAUGGGAAGGUGGGUGGUGAGGAGGAGGAUACAGACGAGGCAGAGACCGAGGCACUGGGGCAGUGGCAGGCGCAGGGGACAAUGGCGGGGCUGCUGGGCGUGGCAGGCAGAGAGGCUGGUGCGAGUGCGGUGCUUCAGGGGGGCUCGGGGGAGAGCGAGGGUGCAAUAUGGUGUGAUGCGGAUGACGCAGAGCAUGCAGGGGUGGCGGCUGGGCAAGCAUGUGUGGGCGAGCACGAGGAGGGCGUGCGUGCCAGGGAGGUUGAGAGAGGGGCAGAGGCAGCGCAGGAAGGGAGGAUGGGAGCAGCGGAGAGAGUGGUGGGGUGUGAGGUGGAGGGAGAGGAGAGCGAUGGGCGAGGGGGAGAGGAGGAUAGCAGUCUCGAAGGACAGAGUGGGGGGGCGGGAGGGGAGCAGCAGUGCGAGCAGGGGGGGCAUGAAUGCGCAGAAGAGUGGUGGCAGUAUGGGGAGGGGGAGGGGAGAGGGGGGGUAGAGGAGAAGGUGGCAAUGGGAGGCAGGCAGGAGGCAGGGAGGUGUGUGGUAGAGACGGCUGGGAGGGACGGUGUGGUAGAGGCGAUGGAGGAUGAUGCGUGCAUGGGCUGGGGCGGGCAGGGCAUGUGGGCCGCGCUGGUCGGGGCGCAAAAGGACGAAAAGGACUCGCACACAAGGGAGCACGGCGGGGAAAGGUCGAGGGGUGUUGAGACAGAAUGGGAGGGUGGGGUGCGGGCACGGACGGAGGAGGAAGGGAUGCAUGCAGGAGUGGGCAGGGGAGAGGCGGUUUCAGCCAAGGUAGAGGAGUGGGAGCGAUGGAUGGAGGAGGCAAAGAGAGGUGGCGAUGAGGUAUGGCAGGCAGGGCUGUGCAUGACAGAACUCUGCAGUGAUGCACACGCCACUCUGGCACAGGGCGCAUGCAGCAUGGGCGCACUGGGGCGCGGUGCGCUGCAGGUGGACAAGGGAGGGGCAGGCGUGUGGGUGGAGAGUGGUGUGGGAGAAGGGGGCGCAGGAGCAGAUGGGUGCGGUGAAGGCGGUUGUGUAGCUGUGGGCAAUGGUGUUGGGGUAUGCAGGGGACAGGGGAGCAUGGAGGGUGUGACGCAAGGGCAAGACGAGGAUGCAUUAGGGGUGGAGCAGGGGAGGAGAGAGGGAUUGGAAGGGCUGAAUGAGCGUGCAGCAGGUGAAUUCAAAGCCUUGGAAGGCGGAAUGCAUUUGAGAGUGUUGGAGGGAGCUGGAUUGGUGGUGAUGUGUGAUGAGGAUCCAAGGCGACAUGUAACAGCCGUGAAGGUGGAAAAGGAUGAGGAGGAUGCAAAGUGCGAGAAAGAUGAGGAGGUGGGAUUAGAGGCACAAGUCUAUUGGUGUGCGGAGGCAGAAGUGGCGAGUCAGGAAAAAGUGAGGACGAGCUUUUUGGUGGCAGCGGAAAUGGAUGAGAGUGUGACGAGAAGAGUGUCUGUGGAGGGGCUAAGGGAGGAGUGCGAGGAGGAGGUGGCAAGAAUGCGAGAGGAAAUGAGGAGGAUGGAGGUGGUGGUGGUGAGGGAGGAGAUGGCGAGGCGGAGGCAGGAGGGUGGGGAGAUGCUGAUAAAGGAAGGAAGGGGUGCGAUAGAGGCUGAGCGUGGGAGGCUGCAGGUGGAGAGGGACAGGUUGAGAGCAGAAGAGGAGGGGGAGGAUGCAAGGACGGAAAGGGACUGUUGUGUGAAAUCAACGGAAGACAUGGUGAGGGCGAGGGACGAGGCAGAGAGGAGAGUAGAAGCAUUGCAUAAGCCGUUAUUGAUGGGCACAAGUACGGAGAAUGAAGUGCAGGGGGGGGGGCAGGUCACUAUUGGAGAGAGUGUGGAUGGUGGUGAGAAGAGGGGCAUAGGGGAGGACAUGGCGUGGAGUGAGAUGAUGCAUGUGAUGAAAGAGGUUAGCGGGGCGAGGGGCACACGAGGAGAGGAGAGUGCGGUGCAGGAGAGGGGUGUGGAGGAGAUGGAGAGGAGGUGCCGGGUGGCAGAGGAGGAGAGGGAUGCAGCUAAGAGGCGGAAAGAGGAGGCGGAGGAGGAACUAGCAGUGGCCGUGCGGGAGGGACAAGGCAGUGGCGAGCGAGCAGUGGACGAGGCUGAAGAGGAGAGGAUGCAGGCCGAGCGAGCAAGGGAGGAGGCAGAUCGGCAACGAGACGAGGCAGAGAGGAGAAGAGAGGAGGGAGAGAGGAAAAGAAAGGAGGACGCAAGGAAAAGAGCGGAGGCAGAGAGGGGAAGGCAGGAGGCAGAGAAGAAAAGAGAGGAGGAGGAGAGGAGAAGACAGGAGGCAGAGAGGAGAAGAGAGGAGGCAGAAAGGAGAAGGGAUGAGGCAGAAAGCAGGAUAGAAGCAGAGAGGAAAAAGGAGGCAGAGUGGGAAAAAGAGGAGGCUGAGAGGAGAAGUGAUGAGGCAGAGAGGAGAAGUGAGGAGGCCGAGAGGAGAAGAGAGGAGGUAAAGAGGGAAAAAGAGGAGGCAGAGAGGAGAAAAGAUGAGGCAGAAAGGAGUAGAGAUGAGAAAGAAAGAGUAGAUGCUGAGAGGGAUAAUGUGUGCAGCAGGAGGGAGAAAGCUGCGCACGGAAUGAGAGUGGAGGAGGAAGUGGCAUGCGCGCGAGAGGUGGGUAGGACGUGCAGUGAUGGACCGUCUUUGAAGGAGAUGAGUGGGAGCAGCGAGGUGGGGAAAGGCGCUGCCGUGUAUGCAGAUGGCGUGGGUGUGGCGGGCUUGGGGGAGGAGGUGGCGUGCAGCGAUGGCAAGGGCAUUGGCAGCGAUGGCAAGGGCAUUGGCAGCGAUGUGCAUGCAAGGGCGCAUGCUGGCUGUGCCACUGCUCGCCCUGCUGCACUGCAUGCACGUGAGCGGAACAGCGCACUGGGUGUAGUGCUGGCAGGCAGUUGUGCGCUUGGUGGCAGCAGUAAUGGGCAUGACACCAGCAACGACACCACUGGUGCUGUCAUGGGAGGCGGCCCUGCACGGCACACUACAGCAACCCCCUGUGCCGCCGACACCACUAAUGCCAACACUGCUUCUUCUGCCACUGCUGCCAGUACUUGCUCCCGUUCCGCCCACACCUCGCAUGUCCCUCAUAACUGGCAUGGCUCAUAUGCCCAUGGAUCCCAUGCUUCGCAUUCCUCCCACACAUCCCUUUCAUCCCACGCCUCGCAUGCACCCGCCCCUGGCUCGUGCCACUCCUCUCCACCUUUUGUGCCCGCACAUGCUGCUGAAUUGACCACCACUUGUUCCUGUGCAGCAGAUACCCCUAUCGGACCAGUGGCCACAGUGGCAGCAGAAGUCGUGCAGCCCGAAACAAGCAGCGAAGCGCCUGCAGUCACGGCAUCAACCAAUUCCCACAGCAGCUCGUGCCCCCCCUCUGGUGGUGGGCCUCCACACACCAUGCUCGCCGCUCGUGCCCCCACCCCUGAACUUCUGCUGAGCCGCCAACACCUUCGCAAAAGCCCCCCUGCUUUGGCUGCUGCUACUGACGUGGUGGUACAGAUACGAGCAGGGGAGGUGAGUUGGAGCAGGCAGGUGAGGGAGGUACAGGGGAAGGUGCAGCGAGCUGCAGCGGCAUGGGCACACGUGGAGCGCCGGGCUGGCCUAGUGGAGGAAACUGCUAGGCAGUUGGUGGCAGAGGUUGAGAGAGCAGAGGAGAAGAGGAGAUUGGCAGAGGAGGAGGGCCGAUGA